UUUUUAUAUAUAAAAUACACUUGUUUCCAUUCACACAUCCCCUCGCAGAGAGACUACUAGCUAUUAUUUAUUUCUCUCAAGAAUCUACAUAUCAAAAGGAAACAACAAGAACAAUCUUCAACACUCUUUACAGAUCCUGCGCGUGAACAAAGAUUGUUGGAAAACAUGGAAGGUGGUGUUGCAUAUGAGAAUGAUCUAAACCUCAAGGAAACUGAGCUUAGACUGGGUUUGCCAGGGACGGGUUGUCCCAAUGAGAAAGGAGUUUCUGGUGCUAGAAACAACAAACGACCAUUUCCAGAGACCAGAGAGGAGGGUGGAGCAAAUGGUAAAUCUGAUGCUCAACAUGAUGACCAAGAAACUGCCUCUGCUCCGAAGGUACAAAUAGUGGGCUGGCCACCAAUCCGAUCCUACAGGAAAAAUAGCUUCCAGCCAAAGAAGGCUGAGGACGAGGCUGCAGCUGGGAUGGUACAAAUAGUGGGUUGGCCACCAAUCCGAUCCUACAGGAAAAAUAGCUUACAGCCAAAGAAGGCUGAGGACGAGGCUGCAGCUGGGAUGUAUAUUAAAGUAAGCAUGGACGGAGCACCUUACCUUAGAAAGAUUGACCUUAAGGUUUACAAGGGAUACCCUGAACUCCUAAAGGCUUUGGAGAGCAUGUUCAAGCUCACCAUAGGUGAGUACUCUGAGAGGGAAGGCUACAAAGGGUCAGAAUAUGCACCUACUUAUGAGGACAAAGACGGUGACUGGAUGCUAGUUGGAGAUGUUCCUUGGGAUAUGUUCCUGUCUUCCUGCAAGAAACUGAGAAUCAUGAAAGGAUCGGAAGCAAUAGGCUUGGGUUGUGGUGCAUGAAAACCCCACAAGCCAUGUUAACCCAUAGGAGCAGGGCGAAGAGAAGAUUCAUCCCUUGAGAAAGUCUUUCAGCUUGGGUUCUCCUAGAAGAAAACUCAAAUCUGAAUCCGCGUCUCUCUCUUACAGAGUUUUCCACAAUUGGACUGGAAGUUUUAGACAGGAAACAGGAAAAACCAGAGUGAAGUUACAGUUUCUAUCCUAGAGUGUGGCAGCGAGAUAUUUGGUGGUUUGGACACCUAUGGUGUCGUUUUGUUGGUCCUUGUAAUCUCAUCAAAACCAAAACUGCAUACAGGAAGAUAAUAUUGCUCCAAGUGCAAGCAAUUAUGUAAAUAAAAACAGAAAGAAACAUAUGGAAAGACAGGGUCGUCCAUGUUUUGCCAUGUAGUGUUCUCAAUACACCACUAUAAGCUAAAUAUAAAAGUGUGUUUGCCAAGUUCUAACAAA